CUCAACUUUCCGCCCUCAAACCACUUUACUCCAGCUUUCGGCAGUCCUGCAUUGUGUUCAUAGCCACCAUGGGCAGUAUUGCAGCCACCACCGCAAUCAGUUCGGCUGACCACCGACACCGGUCGUACGACCUGAAAACACCUGAAGAGCACAUCAAGCUCUACGAUGACUGGGCAGCACAGUACGACGCCGAUGUGAUGGCUGAUGCCACGAAAUAUGUUGGCCCGCAAAUGACAGUGCAAGCCGUACAAGCUGCCAAUGGCAAGCUAGACGGUGAAAUCCUUGACGCAGGAUGCGGUACUGGUCUGGCCGGUGUCGCACUGGCCCAGGCUGGCGCUACAGUCAUCGACGGCAUUGACUUAUCACCUGGAAUGCUCAAGGUUGCACGAAGGACGAAUGUCUACCGAGACCUGUGGCCCGUAGACAUGCUCAAGCCAAUCCAGCAGAAAGACAACACCUACGACAUUGUUACUUGCGUCGGAACAUUCACAACUGGACACGUCGGUGCCACGCCUGCUCUUGCUGAGCUAGUACGAGUACUGAAGAAGGGCGGUGUCCUCGCAGCUACCAUCCUCGACAAUCUUUGGGAACCAGAAGGUUUCGAAGCUGAAGUAGAGAGACUACGAAGUGAAAAGCUUGUCGACGUGGUUAGCACCGAUAUCACCGACUACCGACAAGGCGACGGAGCCCGAAGUGUCAUGCUCGUCCUCAGGAAGCUGUGAUGGAAGAUGGUUGACUGACUUGAUCACUUGUAUUCCAUAGGGCCUCAACGCCAUCGAGAAGGAUGACGUGCCCUUACCAACAAGCGAAUGCAAGCAAGAGAUCGACUUGACCGACAAUCAUGGAGUAGAGCCACAUUGCUCCCCCUCGCGAUCACAACAUCGCUGGUAUAGUUUCUUAAGCACUACAGAAAACUGCAGUAAAAGCUUUAAUUGCAGAUGUGGUGUGUCUGCGCCGGGGCAUUACUGUCAAAGGCUACUGUAGAGUCUUGAGGCAGCGGUUCAUGCCAUGCCGGACAUGUUAGACCCAGUUACCACCUCU